ACGAGUUGAGAAAAUCACUAUUCCGCCCCAAGCACCCUGCACGAAGGCGCAGUUUACACUAUAAACUAUGCCUUCCUCGCGGGCGGUCCCAACCCGUCGAAAAAGGGCGGAUGAUGACGACGAUAGCGAGGAAUCAUCGUCCAACUCGUCCAGAUACCCCACACCUGGAUCUCAAAAACGCUCUCGAGUAGAAGCCGGCGUGGAAACAGAAGACGAUGAGGAUACAGCAGGAAAUUCUGGUCAAAACUCGGACGAUGAUGAUAGCGAAGUUCCUGAGCCUUCCACGCAGAUUACGCAAACACAGUCUGGCGACACCCAGAAUGGCCAUUCGGAGGGGGUCGAUAAAAAUGGCUACAAGCCAGGUGCUAUCGUACGAAUCAAGGUCACAGACUUUGUCACAUAUACCUCUGCCGAGUUCUUCCCCGGUCCGAAAUUGAACAUGGUGAUCGGGCCUAAUGGAACUGGAAAAAGUACUCUGGUGUGCGCGAUAUGUCUAGGUCUAGGCUGGGGCCCACAGCACUUGGGACGUGCAAAAGACCCCGGUGAAUUCGUAAAGCAUGGGUGCCGAGAAGCCAUUAUCGAAAUAGAACUUGCAGGAGGAGCACGGUUCCGUCGAAAUCCGGUUGUAUCUCGAACUAUCAAGCGCGAAGGCAACAAGAGUUCGUUCACUCUGAACAGAAAACCAGUAUCACGCACCGCUGUGUUAAAGCUUGCUCAAUCUUUCGCCAUCCAGAUCGACAAUCUAUGCCAGUUUCUGCCACAAGACAAAGUGAGCGAAUUUGCUGCGCUCACCCCGAUUGAAUUGCUGCACUCUACGCAACGAGCUGCUGCGGGCCCAGAAAUGGUGGAGUGGCAUGAUGACUUGAAGAAAUUGAGGGCACAGCAGAAGAAGUUGCAGAUGGAUAACCAAGGUGACAAGGACUCGCUUACGAAUCUUGAAAACCGACAAGAGAUGCAAAGAGCGGAUGUUGAGAGGAUGCGCGAACGAGCGGUGAUAAAGAGAAAAAUCGAGAUUCUUGAAACUCUACGCCCUAUCGCACGAUACAGACAGCACCACGAGGAAUUAAAGAACAUGAAACAAAAAAAGGAUGAACUCUUGCGUGAGCUGGAACAGCUAAAGACUGAUCUAGAGCCUGCUUUGAGGGCGGUUAAUGCCAAGCAAAAUUAUGUUCUACAGUUACAUGAAGUAGAAAAGCAUCAGCAGGGCAUCGUUGAUGAGGCGGAUGCCAAAGCCACGAAACUUGGGAAGAAGAUUGAACAAUAUGAGAAUUCAAUGAAGGAUCUCGGCUCUCAGAUUGAUGCUGAAAAGAAAAGCAGUACCAAUUACAAGCAAGAGGCUGGUAAAAUCCAGCAAAAUAUCAACAGGCUCACCCGCCAGUUGAAUGAAGAGGGCAUUGAGUUCGAUGUUGAUUGGUAUAACGAGAAGAUCAGAGAAAAACGGCGAGAAAUGAGAGAGCUCGAGGUUCGGGGGAGUGAAAUCAAAGAGGAAAGGCGGCCACAUUUCGAAAAACUAAAAGAAUUUUCAACACGUAUCAAUCGGGCAGAGGAGCAACUGAAAGGCCUGGACUCUCAAGCUGGACGGCAAGAGGCGAAGCUCGAAGCAGCAUCGAGACAUUCCUAUCAAGCUUACAAGUGGCUGCUUAAGAACCAGGACAAAUUCGAAAAGGAGGUUUUCGGUCCACCAAUUGUGACCUGCUCCGUGACAGAUCCCAAAUAUGCUGACCCCGUCGAGUCGAUAUUCCAAAGAACAGACUUCACAACCUUCACCACGCAAACUCGCAAUGAUUUCAAGACAUUGCAAAGGGCACUGAAUAUCGACAUGAAACUUCACGAUAUCAGUAUCAGGACCUGCUCAAUUCCUCUAGACAGUCUUCGACCGCCUAUAUCAGAUGAUGAACUCAAGAAUGGAAUAGGGUUCGAUGGCUGGGCAAAGGAUUAUCUCGCCGGCCCCGAGCCUGUGCUUGCCAUGCUUUGUAGUGAGAACCGGUUGCACCAGACGCCUAUAACUCUUCGCGACAUCUCCGAUGAGGAAUUCGGUAGAUUGGAAAAUGGCCCCAUCAGCUCCUGGGUGACUAGGAAGCAAACGUAUCAAGUUAUGAGGCGACGAGAGUAUGGUCCCAGUGCAUCUUCAACGCGUGUGAGGCAAGUGAAGCCCGCGAAGGUGUGGACUUCUCAACCAGUGGAUGCAUCAGCAAAACACGAGUUGCAGCAGCAAAUUGAGGGUUGGAAGAAUGAGGCUAGAGAAGUCCAAGAAAAAAUAGAUGCCGACAAAACUACACUUAAACGAUUGGGUGACCAGCACAAUGAGCUCGAUCGAGAAAAGGUUAACCUUGAGCGGGAGAAGUCAGACAAGCAGACAGCUUUUACCAACUACAGAGCUCUCCCCGAAAGAAUACGUCAGCAAGAAGCCAAGCAAAAAGAUUUCUACAGGUUCUUUGAGGAAACCAGGAACAGGGUUUUGGAAAUCCGCGGUCAACAGGAUCAGGUAGCAAUUAAAAAGGCUGAGGCUGCCAUUGCAUAUGCUAAUGCGGUGGAUGAUCUCCGUACACAGCACGAACAACUCAUCAAAUUGAAGGUGCAGUUGAUUGAAGGUCGCUCUGAUUUUACAACCUUGAAAGACCGCAGUGCUGAACACCGGGACCUGCUGCAAAGCAAAGAUAAAGAGGUACAAGAAGCCCACCGCAUCAUGAGAGAAGCUUCGAAAAACGGAAGGGAAAUGGUUGUGGAAUCGCAACGUGUUAUACAACUAUCCAACAGUCAACCUGACCUAAAGGAGGAGCUUUCGACCAUGGGAACGAACAAGACUUCUGUGGAUCAACUAGAGGCAGACAUUGAUUCCGAAAAGGCACGGUUGGAACUUACGCAAGGAGGCAGUGCCAAUAUCAUCAAAGAAUUCGAGGAACGUGAACGGCAGAUUGAGAAACUGCGCAACAACCUUGCCGACUUCCAUAAUCAACUUGCAGAAUACGACCACGCAAUCAAUGAGAUCCGAGGCAAAUGGGAACCGAAGCUCGACGCACUGGUCAAAAGCAUCAGCGAUGCGUUCUCCGACUCGUUCGCCCGCAUCGGAUGUGCUGGCCAGGUUUCACUGGACAAGGCAGAGGACGAAGCCGGGCCAGAUGGCCAAACUGGCGGCAGCAAUUUCGAUCAGUGGUCCAUCCAAAUCCACGUCAAAUUCCGGGAGCACGAGAGUUUGUCUCUGCUCGACUCGCAUCGGCAAUCCGGUGGAGAAAGAGCCGUCAGUACCAUUUUCUACCUCAUGGCCCUCCAGUCCCUAUCAGCCUCGCCAUUCCGCGUCGUCGACGAGAUCAAUCAGGGUAUGGACCCACGAAAUGAGCGCAUGGUACACGGCCGACUAGUGGACAUUGCUUGCGCUGCAGGAAACAACGCAGCCGACGGCGUCGGUGGUGGUGGCGGUGGCCAAUACUUCCUGAUCACACCCAAGCUGCUCAGCGGCCUCGUCUACAAGCCUGGCAUGAGGGUUCUCUGUAUCGUCAGUGGCGAACACAUGCCCAGAGACUACAAUGAGCUCAAUUUCGGUCAAGCCAUUCAAACAAUGAGAAAGGUUAACGAGCAGCGAGACCAAGGCAGAGCCAUCCAAAAUACCAUGAGGAGUAACGGCCAUGUCGACGUUAACGCAUGAUGAUUUCUUUCUUCUGAUACCUUUUCUUCUUUUCUAAUUUUAAAUAUUUGCUUUCACGGCGAGAUUUGCGCGGUCCAGGCUAGGCGAAUGGGAUUGGGAUGAUAAAUGAGUUUUUUUUUUUUUGUUCGAUUCCUGUACAUAAAUGGAUGAAUA